CCGCGCGUUCUCGGAACCCAGCGGACGCUUGUGCCAGGGAACGGCAAAAACCCCGUGGACAGCUUCGAUAAGCCCUUCUCUUCUUCUUUCCUUUCUCUCCUCCCUUCCCGCCGUUAACAGCACUCGUUUCCCGCUGUUAACGGCAAGUGCAGCAGAAGUAGGCUAACCGCGAGCAGAGCACUGAGGAGCGCCUUCUCUUCUUUCACUGCUUCAUCUUCGCAGGAAUUGCAGUUGGAAUUGGUUAAAUUAUGCUACUCAAAUUCGUGAUUUAGUUUAUUCCAGUUAUCCUCUUUAGUGAGGUGUCGUUCGCCAUGGGCAGCCAUGGAGGUUUGAAGGUUUCUUCCGUAAAUGGCGUGAAGAUUUACUCGGUUUCAGGGCAACGGUCGACAGCGACGUGGCUUGCGCCGAAGAAAUUGAAGGCUCUUCGCAAAGAUAAAGAUUACAGGCGAAGGUUAGAAUUGAUUCAAGAUUUGCGAUUUGAGACUGCAACAACUAAAAUUAAAGCAACACCCGACGGAGAGUAUCUUAUUGCCUCAGGUGUAUAUCCACCACAGGUUAAAGUAUAUGAGUUGAGGGAAUUGUCGUUGAAGUUUGAAAGGCACCUGAUUUCUGAGAUAGUUAAUUUCCAGGUACUUGCUGAAGACUAUUCAAAAUUAGCAUUUCUGUGUUCCGAUCGCUCAGUUUGCUUACAUGCAAAAUAUGGAAGCCACUACAGCUUACGGAUCCCAAGGAUGGGACGGGAUAUGGCAUAUGAUCGAUGGUCUUGUGACCUUCUUUGUGUCGCCUCUUCUCCAGAUUUGUACAGAAUAAACUUGGAACAAGGGCGUUUCGUUUCCCCACUCAGCACUCAGUCUCCAGCUAUAAAUGUUGUUCGUCAGAGUAUGAUCCAUGGGCUUGUUGCAUGUGGUGGUGAGGAUGGUUAUGUGGAAUGCUUUGACUUGAGAGCAAAAUCUUCAAUUGGCAGGAUCAAUGCUGCAUCAGCAGCUGGUGAUGUUGAUGAGGAGAUUACUGCUUUACAGUUUGAUGAUAUUGGAGGUUUGCAGAUGGCAGUUGGAACUGGUGCUGGAAAGAUCUUAAUAUACGACUUGCGACAAUCAUGCCCUGUUCGCAUUAAGGAUCAUAUGUAUGGAACUCCCAUUUUGGAUAUCAAGUGGCACCAGACACUGAAUACUGGCAGACCAAAAAUGAUUACUACCGACAAGCAGAUUGUUCGAAUUUGGGACCCUGAAUCGGGAGAUGUCAUGGCUGGAAUUGAGCCCACAGCUGGAACCAUUAAUGAUGUUUGCGCUUUUGGUGAGAGCGGGUUGCUGCUUUUGGCACUAGAGGGCAGCCAGAUACCAGCAUAUUUCAUUCCUGCUCUUGGACCUGCUCCUAAGUGGUGCUCCUACCUAGAGCACCUAACGGAAGAACUUGAAGAGAGCGAAGAAACAACCAUCUAUGAUAACUAUAAAUUUUUGGCAAGAGAGGAUAUUGAUCGCCUAAAAUUGACAAAUUUGAUUGGCACUGAUCUGUUAAGAGCUUAUAUGCAUGGGUUCUUUAUUGAUUAUCGUGUCUAUCAAAAGGCGCUAUGUUUGGCAGAUCCAUUUGCAUAUGAUUCUUACCGUAAGCAACGGAUACAAGAGAAAAUGGAGAAAGAACGUGCUGCUCGAAUUACAAUAAAGAGAAAACUUCCUAAAGUGAACAAGGUUCUCGCUGCUCGUCUGCUUGAAAAUGCAGAAGCCAAUGAAGGUCAAGUGAAUGCAACAGAUGCCGAUGCAAAGAAAUCCAAGAAAAAGAAGGGACUGGGUGAUGAACUGCUGAAAGAUGAACGGUUUGCAGCACUAUUUGAAGACAAGGACUUUGAAAUUGAUGAGCAUUCCUUUGAAUAUUUGGCGCUUCAUCCCAAUUCUUCUAAGCAGCAGCCAUCAUCGAUUGAGGAACAUUUUGAUCCAGUCCUUGAUGAUGAUGAAGAGGGGAACAUGAGUGGCUCUGAGGCAUCAAGUCUCAACUCAUCAGAAAAUGAGGUAGAGGAUGACGAUGGAAGUAGGAGAAGAGCUGCACGUGCUCCAAGGCUUUAUGAGGUAAAGGAUGCACGCCAUGCUGAAGCAUUCUGGAGUGGAACUUCCCUCUCGAAGGAGGAGGCUCUCUCUAUGGAGGAGAGGGUGGCCGCCCUUGAAAAGCAGGCUCAAAAUGAAGCGGCUACUGUCAAAAAAGGGCCUGGUGGAUCGCGGGAGAUGUCAUUCAUUGCAAAGAGCCGUGGUAAGAGAGAUCCUGACGAUGAUGAACCAGAAGAGAAAAGGCGAGGUACCGAGUCUUUGGGCCUUAAACCUGAUAGCGAAGAGUUUCAUCAUAGGCAUAAGAGAGGUGGCAAAAAUUGGAGUCGAGGUAGGAGCAAACCCCGAGGGCGAGGCCGAGGCAGAGGCCGACGGUGACCAUAUGAAUAACCUAUCGGAGGUAUUUUGAGACUUUUCUUGGCUAGGUAGACGAGAAAAAAUUGGCAUUUGGCAGUAACAGAAUGUCACCGAUUCCUUCAUCACAUGUAUGGGGGGUGGCUAUGAGACGCUAUCACAUGCAUUUUUUGACACAUUGCGGCUCCCAUCAUAUUGCUCAAACUGUAGAAAUAUCCUCAUAAUUUAUUACAUCUUUGUAUUCGUUAUCAUUAUUUUUCUGUAAAAUUGUAAACCACUCAUACCCUCUUAGGAUUGGAUAAUCAAAGCAAUUGAUUCACCAUCAAUCAUAUGGUUUUGUCA